CUGUAAACCUGUCCUGAACCGGCUCCCACUCCUCACUAACCCUGAGCUCAAGCACUUUAUGUACAGCUAGUAGACUAUAUAUAUUGAAGAGUCUUAUGUACAAUAACUCCUUUACCUCUAUUUGCACAGAUAACUUACCAGUAUGGCUACAGAAAGUUGUUUGAGCAGUUCUCAGAUCGGCAAGGUCGACAACGAAGAACUGGUAAGACCCAAAGUGCAGUUGAAAAGACUAUUAGAGGACGCAGGUGCAGACAAGGAUGUUUUUACCAUGAAAGAGGUUAUGUUUUAUUUAGGGAAGUAUAUCAUGAGCAAGGAGUUGUAUGACAAGCAGCAGCAACACAUCGUCCACUGUGGAGAGGAUCCUCUUGGUGCUGUCCUGGGGGUGAAAAGCUUCUCAGUCAAAGAGCCCCGAGCCCUUUUUGCAAUGAUCAGCAGGAACCUUGUUCCAGUAAAAAACCCAGAGACUCAAUCCACCUUCUCUGAACCCAGGAGUCAAAGUGAACCAGACAGAGGGCCUGGGGACACAGAUUCUGAGUCUCGCUCAUCUACCUCACAGCAGCAGCAGCGCAGGAGGAGGAGAAGCAGUGAUCCUGAGGGUUCCUCGGCAGAAGACGAGCCCAGAGAACGCAGGAAGAGGCACAAGUCAGACAGCUUCUCCCUGACAUUUGAUGACAGCCUGUCAUGGUGUGUGAUUGGCGGCCUCCACCGAGAGAGAGGGAACAGCGAGUCUUCGAACGCACAAAGCAACCCUGGUGAAGGUAUCUCUCACAGUGAGGACAGUGAAGAGAGUGAGAACUCUGAAUCUGACUCUGAUAACUUCAGUGUGGAGUUUGAAGUGGAGUCCAUUGCCUCUGAUGCUUACAGUGAGAACAAUGAUGAUGAUUCGGUGCCGGGAGAGAAUGAGGUGUAUGAAGUGACAAUCUUCGCUGAGGAUGAAGACUCAUUUGAUGAGGAUACAGAGAUAACCAAAGCAGACUACUGGAAGUGUGCCAAGUGUGAUGAGCUCAACCCUCCUCUACCUCGACACUGCAAAAGCUGUUGGACCGUUCGCCCUGGCUGGCUUCCAGACAUGCAGUCCAUCAGUGAAAACAACUUUAACACACAAAACAGCACAGAACACACCAGCAUAACCACACCACCCAGCACUGGCCGCAGCUCGGCCUCGUAUGCCAAAAUGCUUCCAUCGAAGCCCUCCAACCCUCUCCUGGAAAUAGAUGAAGGAGUGGACGUACCCGAUGGCAAGUGCUCGCAGUCUCCUGCCAUGUCCAGAGAUUGUCUUCCCUCUCAAAACACAUCAUCCCAGCCCUCCACCUCUUCAGGGGGCAGCAGCCAGGAAGAGACCCCUGAGCUGGAGCGCUACAACAGCCUGGAGGCCUGCCUGCCCACCACCUGCCUCGAGCCAUGUGUAAUCUGUCAGAGUCGUCCCAAAAAUGGCUGUAUUGUCCAUGGAAGAACUGGACAUCUUAUGGCAUGUUAUACAUGUGCCAAGAAAUUGAAAAACCGUAACAAAUUGUGUCCGGUGUGCCGAGAGCCCAUUCAGUCAGUCGUACUGACCUAUGUGAGCUGAGGCACAGUAAAUAUACCUCCUCGUCUUUCCUCUUAAGUUUGGGAUGGUCAGAUUUUGCCUUGCCUUGUAUUAUAGUCCCUAUAAAUAUUUUGUGUUAAAGUCAAUUUGUAAAAUGUUUAUGAAUUUUAUUUAUAACUUUUUGACAAGCGAGGUUUCUCUUACAUGCUGGGUGGUAAAUUCACACAGCUAUGUGUUAGGGGUUGGGUUGAGUUUGGGUUUGAAUUGAGAACAAUUGCAAAGAUUGCAUAACUAAUCAAAAUGUAUAAAUACUUUUUUAGUGAAUUGCACAUAAGCAUUUUGAUUGUAUAAUUGUUAAUUUAUAUUCAUGCUGAUGCAUAGGUUUCCUAUGGUGUAAUAUUAAUUUCAUUUGUUUGCUGCACUGAAUUGUUCCUGAGUGUUAGGGUAACCCCCCAAGAUCAGCAUGGGAUGUUUAAACACUUUGUUUAUUUUACACUGUAAGUCCCACAGAAUCCCUACACCUAUCCUGCCCCAAAACCUAACCCUACCACUUAAUAUAACCCUAAACCAAACCUUAGUAACAAUCAUUGAGACUCUUUCAAGACUUGGGCUACCUUCUAGACACAGCUGAGUCAGAGCUCCUUUAAAAAUGUCCCUCCUCUGGUAGAAAUACCCACUUUUUGUUGCAAAGACUCAGUGCUAUUGAAAUUCAGCAUUUCUACCCCCUCUCUUUUUAAUUGUAAUGCUUUUGAUUUUCUUGAGUUUAAUGGGCUUUAGAGUAGUCAGUUGGCAUUGGGGUGACGUGAUCGGCUUCAGUUAGUAUGCUGUUAUUUGUUGAGCUGUACGCAGUGGUCAUCAGGAGUUCUUUGGUUACCAGGGAACCCACUUUUCACUCAAUAUCAGGAGACAUGUUCUGACCUGUCGUCUCUCUCCAAUGGCAACCUGGCACAAACAUAGUCUCUCAGCUAUAUAUUUUUUCUUUUUUAUUAUAAUAAAAAAUAUUCCCACUCGUAAUACUCCCAAGUGCUUCUAUAGCUGUCUAUUGUGUAGUUGGUCAAAACAAGCACCAUGGUGAACAGUUUCAUAUUUCUGGUUUAUAUGAAUGUUUCAGUCACUCAUGGUGGUCAUGAGUGUAUAGGAGUUGCUCAUUGACUCUGCUAACUGUUUUACCAUGCUCUGUUUAAAGAAUGGUACAAUUGGCGUUGAAAACAUGCACCAUUAUACAAUUUUGGGUUUAAUUCUAAUUGACAUGGUGAGAAUCUUGUGUGAGCCUUUUUUGCCUCGUGACCAAUUGAUGUAUUCUACCAUGCUGCAGAAUACAUGAUUAUGAUGUGAUGUUUCUUAAAAAAUAUAUAUAUAUAUUUGGAGCAAGUUUUAUAGAUAUGACAGUAGGAAAGCCACAUUAAAAAUGCUGACAUAAUUCAAAUUGUGAAAAACCGUAGUAACAGGUCAAAAAGUAACUAUCAACAAAUAAAUAAAAUAUGUAUUGUAUAAAAA